GGGUUGAGCAGGGGGAGGACUGAGACUUUAGAUUUAGCAAUAGAAAUUUCACUGGAGAUGAUAAGAACUGUGUUGGUGGAGUGGUGGCAAUGGCGGCCUGAUUGCAGUGAACUUAAGAGAAUACGAGAGGAGGGGAAUUAGGGAAAAGAGGGCAGAGAUGUUGCUUUGGAGGAGUAUUGAUGUAAAGUAGAACAAAGAAAAUGGGGCCCUAGCCAGAGGGAAAUGUGGGGUCGAGAGAAGUUUUCCUUAAUUAAAGUAGGAAAUAUUACAGUAUUUUUAUUUAUUGAUGAAAUGAUUUGGUAGGGAGGAUAAAGUUGAUGAUGUAGCAGAAAAAGAAGACAGUUGCAGGUGUGAUGUCCAUGAGUAGAAGAGAGAAUAAUGUAAUGCACAAGUGGGGUAAGGAGCCUUAACUAGGAGAGGGACGGUUUAUCAACAAGAAGGAAGGCAAGGGAUGUGGGUUCAAAGGUAAGUAGGUUGGUAGUUGGGGUUGUGGGAGGUAGAUGUGGACAUACUCUGCUGAUUGCUUCUAUUUGUUUUUCAGUGAAAUCAGAAGCAAGACUCAUCUGAGAGUGAGGAUGGGGGAGGAAGUUUUGGAGGUGUGAAGAGACAGGAGAAGGAGGAGUUAGACAUUCGAACACUGCAAGCCAAAAAUCGCAAACUGGCAGAAAUGUUGGAUCAACGGCAAGCCAUUGAAGAUGAACUCCGUGAGCACAUUGAAAAACUGGAACGAAGACAGGCCACCGACGAUGCCUCACUGUUGAUCGUCAACCGGUACUGGAGUCAGUUUGAUGAAAACAUCCGUAUCAUCCUUAAACGUUAUGAUCUGGAGCAGGGUUUGGGAGACCUACUCACAGAAAGAAAAGCCCUUGUUGUGCCUGAGCCGGAACCAGACUCUGACAGCAAUCAGGAGCGGAAAGAUGACCGAGAGAGAGGGGAAGGGCAAGAGCCAGCUUUCUCUUUCCUUGCUACUUUGGCCAGCAGUUCCAGUGAAGAGAUGGAAUCUCAGCUGCAGGAGCGCGUGGAGUCUUCCCGCCGAGCUGUGUCCCAGAUUGUGACUGUCUAUGAUAAACUGCAAGAAAAAGUGGAGCUCUUAUCACGGAAGCUGAACAGUGGAGAUAAUCUGAUAGUGGAGGAAGCAGUGCAGGAGCUGAAUUCCUUCCUUGCACAAGAGAACAUGAGGCUACAGGAAUUGACAGACCUCCUUCAGGAGAAGCAUUGCACCAUGUCUCAGGAGUUCUCCAAGUUGCAGAGUAAAGUGGAGACAGCUGAGUCACGAGUAUCUGUCUUGGAGUCCAUGAUUGAUGACCUGCAGUGGGAUAUUGACAAAAUUCGAAAGAGAGAACAGCGACUCAAUCGACACUUAGCAGAAGUCCUAGAACGGGUGAAUUCGAAAGGUUAUAAAGUAUAUGGUGCGGGGAGCAGUCUCUAUGGCGGCACAAUCACUAUCAACGCCCGCAAGUUUGAGGAAAUGAAUGCAGAGCUUGAGGAGAACAAAGAGUUGGCUCAGAACCGUCACUGUGAGCUGGAGAAACUUCGGCAAGACUUUGAGGAGGUUACUACACAAAAUGAAAAGCUGAAGGUGGAAUUGCGGAGUGCUGUAGAGGAAGUGGUCAAGGAGACUCCGGAAUAUCGCUGCAUGCAGUCACAGUUCUCGGUCCUGUACAACGAGAGCCUGCAGUUGAAAGCCCACUUGGAUGAGGCUCGGACCCUGCUUCAUGGCACCAGGGGGACCCACCAACGCCAAGUAGAGCUCAUUGAGCGAGAUGAGGUUAGUCUUCACAAGAAGCUGAGGACCGAAGUGAUCCAGCUAGAAGAUACCCUGGCCCAGGUCCGCAAGGAGUAUGAAAUGCUGAGGAUAGAGUUUGAGCAGACCCUUGCUGCCAACGAACAAGCAGGCCCCAUCAACCGGGAGAUGCGCCACCUCAUCAGUAGCCUCCAGAAUCACAAUCACCAGCUGAAAGGGGAGGUCCUAAGGUAUAAGCGGAAACUGAGAGAGGCCCAGUCUGACCUGAACAAGACUCGGCUGCGCAGCGGCAGUGCGCUCCUGCAGUCUCAGUCCAGUACUGAGGACCCUAAGGACGAGCCCACAGAGCUGAAACAAGAUCCUGAGGACUUAGCUGCCCAGUCCGCCGCCUCGAAGGCAUCUCAGGAGGAAGUCAACGAAAUUAAGUCCAAACGCGAUGAGGAAGAGCGAGAACGAGAAAGGAGGGAGAAAGAGAGGGAGCGAGAAAGAGAGCGGGAGAAGGAAAAGGAGAGAGAACGAGAGAAGCAGAAACUAAAAGAGUCAGAAAAAGAGAGAGAUUCUGCUAAGGAUAAAGAUAAAGGGAAACAUGAUGAUGGAAGGAAAAAGGAAGCAGAAAUUAUCAAACAAUUGAAGAUUGAACUGAAGAAGGCACAGGAGAGCCAAAAGGAGAUGAAACUAUUGCUAGAUAUGUACCGCUCUGCCCCAAAGGAACAGAGAGACAAGGUUCAGCUAAUGGCAGCUGAGAAGAAGUCUAAGGCAGAGUUGGAAGAUGUAAGGCAAAGACUCAAGGAUUUGGAGGAUAAGGAGAAAAAAGAGAACAAGAAAAUGGCUGAUGAGGAUGCCUUGAGGAAGAUCCGGGCAGUAGAGGAACAGAUAGAAUACCUGCAGAAGAAGCUGGCCAUGGCCAAGCAGGAGGAAGAAGCUCUCCUCUCUGAGAUGGAUGUCACAGGCCAGGCCUUUGAAGACAUGCAGGAGCAAAAUAUCCGUUUGAUGCAGCAGUUGAGGGAGAAGGAUGAUGCAAAUUUCAAGCUCAUGUCAGAACGUAUCAAGUCCAACCAGAUACAUAAGCUGCUGAAAGAAGAGAAGGAGGAGCUGGCAGACCAGGUUUUGACUCUGAAGACUCAGGUUGAUGCCCAGUUACAGGUAGUAAGGAAACUGGAAGAGAAGGAGCAUCUGUUACAAAGCAACAUUGGCACAGGGGAGAAGGAGCUGGGUCUUAGGACACAAGCCUUAGAGAUGAAUAAACGCAAGGCAAUGGAGGCAGCCCAGCUUGCAGAUGACCUCAAAGCACAGUUGGAGUUGGCUCAGAAGAAGCUACAUGAUUUUCAGGAUGAGAUUGUGGAGAACAGUGUCACCAAAGAAAAAGAUAUGUUCAAUUUCAAACGCGCCCAGGAGGACAUCUCUAGACUUCGAAGGAAGCUGGAGACCACAAAGAAGCCAGACAAUGUACCCAAGUGUGAUGAGAUUCUGAUGGAGGAGAUUAAGGAUUACAAGGCACGCCUGACCUGUCCAUGUUGCAAUAUGCGUAAAAAGGAUGCUGUACUUACCAAGUGUUUUCAUGUUUUCUGCUUUGAGUGUGUGAAGACCCGCUAUGACACCCGCCAGCGCAAAUGUCCCAAGUGUAAUGCUGCUUUUGGUGCCAAUGAUUUCCAUCGCAUCUACAUUGGUUGAUCCAAGCCAAGAGAAGAAGAGCGGCAGGCUGGACAGGCACUUAGUCAUUAACCACCAAACCUCUACCUCUCCUCUCCUUGACAGGGCAGUUUGUCCGUCAACUCCUUUUCCUUCACAGACUUUAUGUCCAGGUUCUCCUUUCUAAUACCUAGGUGACUUAGGAGGGGAAAGGACUGGUAAUGCAAGCCUUGGGUUUUAGAAUGAAUUAGAAACAACUUUUGUCUUCCCUACCAGCUUUGUGUAUUUCCUGCUUUUAGACUUUCCAGCAUCUUCUUCAGGCUCACUGUAUAAUCUUAGAUUGUCCAUUCCUCCCGAAGAAGUCAAAUUGGUAUUUUUGACACAGAGAAAGGAACAAAGAAGAGUGGAGACAUGUGGCUACUUGUGGUGGACGGUGAACUUUUAGAAAUAAGCUAUCUACAGGUGUAAAAUGUACUUGAUUUGGGCAGUAAACUUUUUGUAAACUUAGAUUAUAAAAUGGUAUCAUCGUGCUCCUUAUUCCUGGAUAGUUUGAAGCCUUAAUGAAAUUUAUGUCCAGGAUGAUUCAACCCAUCUCCUAUUUACUAGCUAAUUAACUUGUUAAGGUCAGCUGGCUUCCUUGUUACAGUUAUUUAAGUUUUGAAUGUUCUGUUCAUUGGUGUCUUUAAAUUUCUUGAGGCCAGAAUAAUUUCAUAUACUAUAGCCCCUUUUAUCUUAUAAUGAAAUCAAGAUUGGAGAGGAUGGGGUAUAGGACCAAGGUGGUGGAGAGAUCUUCUGGAUACUUGAUGCAGGGAGGCCUUGGUGAGCUAUGAAUUACUCUCCUCUGCCUCUCCACAGGAAUUGUCGUGACUCCUGUUUUCCAAAAGAUUCUCUGUAAUGUUUCUGUAGGACUUUAUAUUCCACAAGCUUCAAUUAAAGCAGGAUUCAGUUUGC